AGGCUGACUUCACUGCAUUGGCCAAUCAGGUUCAAGUGAUCGCUGUUUCAAAAUAUGGCGGUGGUUUCUAUGGAAUGCCAAACACGCUGCAACGGUGCAAUAAAACUCGAAGCUUGAAGUUAUUGGUGAUAGUUAUGUAUACCAUUUAAGCUUAGAUUCACUUUUGCAAAAUAAAGAAAUGGCACAAGCAAAUACUUUGAGGCCCAUGAAGACGAGUUCUCCAGCCCAAGGAAAUUCUCCGUUCCAGGCGACCAAAUUGUGGAAUAAAAUGAUCAGGAAUUUCAAAGAAGGCAUAGAGGUUAAAAAACGAAGAUGGAAAAUGAGAACAUACGAGAAUACUUUUUGUGGACAGGAUGCUGUAAACUGGUUUCUGCUAUAUCUUCGAAGUAACCAAAAGUUUGGAAGCCAUGUUACCAGACCUCAGGCAAAAAUGCUACUGCAAAAAUUUUUAGAAAACGGUAUAUUUGAAGAUGCUAGGGGAAAAGAGAAGCUUUCUUUUGAAGAUGAUAAUCACUUGUAUCGAUUCACACAAAGGGCUGAUUCAAUCUGCAAAAAUAAGACUGAAAUUGCAACUCAGACCUCAGUUACAAACUUACUUCGUUCUGUUAGUGUGAGAAGAAAACACACCAGUGCAGUUUUUGAGUCAAAUGCAAAGGAUGUUGUCAUUCGGGGAAACCCUGUUGCUAGGUCACAGAGUAUGAGGUGUGCUUUAUUGUCUCCCAGAACAAGUGUAAUGCCACCACCAGAGGCAGCAAGAGUCACUCCAGUUGCAAAGGACCUUGCCUCUUUUAACAUCAACUCUGCAGAGAAACCUGGAGGUGGAAAAUCUUUUGCCUCUACUGGCUGUGAAACUGGUUUGCCAAGUAAAGAUUCAAAAACCAUAUCUGGAAUCGCUCAGCCAAAUUUUGAUCUAUCUGAUGAAGAGAACUAUAAUUCUAUUCUACAAGAUGCUGGGAUUGACAACAGGGCUUUUGUUGUAACAGAAAUGUCACCGAUUGGUUCCAACUUCCAAAGAACCAGGUCUCUGAGAGAUCCCAGAAGCAUGAAGUAUAGACACAAAUUCAUUGUUAAUUGUGAGGAGGAAGAUUUGCCAAAUGAGCCAAGCUUUGUUCUAAAUAAAUCAAUUCGCAGAACAAAAUUGAAAAGAGCAAAAUCUGGAAGAUUGGUUACAGGCAUCAGUUACGCAAAAACAGGUAGAUUGGACAGUCCAUCCAAGAAGGCUAAAAUGGACCACAAUCUGCAUGAUGCAUCCAGAGUACAAGAGUCAGUCACAAAUAACAAAGAGAAUUUUGUCCAUGACGAUGAGCCUCUUCCAAAUUUUCAACGAAAGAAAUCUUUAAGGCCAUCAACAAGAAGUGAUACAACAUUGGCAAAGCUGGAGAAGAAGACCUCACUGCACACCAAAUCAUUUUACAAUGCAAUCGAGGAAAUUGAUUCUCUAUGGAAAAGUGAGACAAUUGAUGGGCUCAAAAAAACCCUUGAUACAGAACGUUUGGAUGACUUUGUAAAUAUCUCACUAAUAUCAGAUCAUGAUACAAAAACAAACAUUCAUCUGGAGUUAAAAAGUGCUGAAAUACCAGAGUGGACCCUUUCAGCCAUGAAAUUCCUUGUUGAAUGGCCAAGAAGCAAAAGCAUUGAGGAGGGCGAUCUUCCGUCCUACCAAGGGUUUGAAAACGAUGUUUUUCGCGCCGUUCAGGAUCACUAUGAGUGUAGCCUCAAAGAACCAUUGAUGACAUACAAUAUGUUCAAAGUACUCGAUCUUAUGUCAGAUACGAUUGCAAAAGACUUUCAAAGAGCGAUUCGUCUAUUUCAAUACAUUUGCCUUCUUAUUCCAACUUGGAAUCGAAAGCAAAUCUUUCUCAUCCUUCGAUUUAUGGAUAAGGUUUCCAACAACCUAUCACUGAAGCUGAGUCAGGAUCUACCUAAUAAGGAACUGGUGGUCAGGUCCUUCCACCGAACUGUCAUUAGAAACAAAGAGAUGAACUAUCCUGAAAAAGACACUAUGACUUCUAUUAGAGCUGUUACAUUCAUGAUGGAGAAUCACAAGCAAAUUUUGUCGAUACCAGAAGAACUGCAGAAAAUGAAAGAGACUUUCAAAAUCAAGGAAAAAGAUUUAGAGAAUAAGAAACUAAAGGAGACGGCUAGUAGGAAACCGAUCUCCAAUCGCCCUGUGAGCAUAUGUGCCCAGUGCACAACAGACGAAUAUGCGAAACAGGCUGUUGACGUCACUCGACAAGCUUUGGUCGAUUUAUUGAACCUGAUAGUCAGUGACGACACACUUCAUCCAAAAAUUAAGAAAAAGAGAUUAAAAGAGUUUAAAAAGAAUUACCCUGAAAUUUACCAAUUCAAAUUCCCCGAAGACAAUAUAUCGACGUGCAGCACAACAAGCCAGAGGACACUGCGCAUUCGACAAGCAAUUCGGCCGUUCUUCUUUAACAAGAAGAAUUCAGAGUUCUGAUAAGAUGCAAGAGGUUUCGUACAAUCUGUUAGCUGCGCUGGUCUUUAUUUGGACUGAUGGUAGAAAUUUGAUCACGCAUUUUCUAUCUUCGUCAGAUUUUCUCUAUGAAUAAGAAAUUACUUAUUGUUCUAACUGAUCUUCAAUGACAUGGCGAUCUGGUCCCAACCUAUUGACAGGCGUAUUUCACCGCCUUCUUACCCAAACAAGGACAUGUUAAAUUGCAAUAAGCCUUUUCAUCGAUGUCUGUAUCUACCUCACUUCCAUUGAGCCAUAUAUAAUUGUGGCUUGCACAGCCUUCUUAAAUCAAACAUCUCGCUGAAAACAGCAUUGACUCGUGAUGAGGACUCGAAGCAGAGUUAUUCCCAGCUAGGAAUAUCAUUUUAAGAUAGGAAAUCUUUUUUGUGGAAAUGUAGCAUGUUCAUGUUUUUGCCUUUCCUACUUUCUGGAAGUCCCACUGCCUUUUAUUGUGAAUAUAGACACAAAAACAUGCAGACGAGGCUGAUGAUGAAAUGUGUCUUCUCUCAAGUCAUUGCUCUUAUCUUGUGACGUUUCUUGUCACCCACAAGCUGAACAACUUUUACCAAAAAAUAUUUGCUUUUUCUACACAGUCAUGCUCAGUUUUCUCGUCCAACGCAAAACACCUUCUAAUGAUUUGACUAUCAAAUACCAUUUCUGUUAGAUAACUGUGAGAACCAAGCAUAGUUUAUAGAGCCUGGUACUACAUGAAUUUCCAUCGUCUGCUUAUAGUGCCAACUACUUCAUGUAAAGGCUAAGCCUACUCCACUGGCCUACUCCAUGGCUCUUGCGAGUCAUCUUGUUUCUGAGUACUCUGUUUUUCUGUCUCUGCGUGCCCUUAAAAUGGUUCAAUAAGCAAACUGUAGCUACAAAUGUCAGCAGCAAGAAUUCAAAAACUGCUCUGUUUUUAACGUUCUUCUGAAGAGCCUGGGUCUGAUAAUACCAGCCUCGAUCUAUGUUGAUAAUUAUAAUUUUUAUGAUCAAAGUUUAUAUUCAUUCGCUUGGAUGCAGUUAUAAAGAACAAUUUUAAUCUUAUAUAAUUAUUCGUUUCUUUUUCAUAUUUCGUCUGUAUUUUUAAAUGAAGUUUAAAUCUGAAUUGAGUAUAUAUAUAUAUAUGUAUCACUUGAAGUAAACUGUCCAUUCAUUGAAAUCAGCUUCUAUAAUCAAAAUUGGCGCCACGGGGGGACUCGGGGCACGUCCCCUAGUUCUCGGCAGGAUCAAUUUUGUAAUUCGUCCAAAUUCGAUGAGAUAAUAUUGGGGGAGGGGUAAUAUUUUGACAAUGUACUUUUUUGUGAUGUAAUCCUAUGAUAUCGAAACUAACUUUACGUAACCAGAAGUUAGUCCAAAAGUUAGUCAUGGUUGUUCCCAGGAGAAAUUGGCGUUCUUUAUUGGUAAAUGGGAGUUUCUGGCGAUAUAAAGGGCGUGGCUUAAAAGUUUU